AUGCAGGUUCGAUUGUGGGCUUGGACUGCGGCCAUCUUGGCCACCGUGCAAGCGGUGUCCGACACACAACAGGACACGGUUGGCGUCUUUGUCGAUGCGCAAGGCGUUACACACAUCUACGGUAAUUCGUUUGGCAGGCCUGGCUACAAUGAAACUUAUGACUACAUUGUUGUUGGAGGUGGUAAUGCUGGAAACACGAUUGCAGCUCGGCUAGCGCUCAACCCGGCCAACUAUACUGUUGCUGUCCUCGAGGCAGGAAGUUUUUACGAAAUCCUCGACGGCAACCGUACUCAAGUGCCUGGAUACAAUUAUAUCAACACGAUCUCAUUUCCCCUUGGUUCUGCUACCACACCGACAACAUGGGGUCUGACCACGGUGCCCCAAAAGGGUUACGAUAACCGGGAAAUCUUUUACGCUGGAGGCCAGACAUUUGGCGGCAGCUCCGCGGCAAACUACAUGGGCUAUCAACGACCCUCGGAAGGAAGCAUGGAUCAAUGGGCGAAAGAAGUUGGCGACAACUUCUGGGCCUGGGACAAUGUUUAUCCAGCAUUUAAGAAGAGCGUGCACUUUACACCUCCGGACUUCACCAAAAUUGACCCGUCUCUCAACAUUACCUAUGACCCAUCGGCAUUCAGCGACAAAGGCGGGCCUCUCCACGUGUCCUAUGGCAACUAUCAAGGCCCAUAUGGACCAUCUCUUAGUGAGGCACUUGCCAAGUCAGGCCUGAGCCCCAUAAAGGGGUUCAACAGCGGUAAGCUGAUCGGAUACGGAACGGCGACAGCGACAGCGGCUGCGCGGGGCUCUAGUAUUAAGAUCUACCCCAACGCCCUGACAACGAAGAUCUUGUUCGACAAUAAGAAGAAAGCCACAGGAGUUGAGGUGCAGAGCAACAUUGCCACGUCAGACUUCAAGUUCCAUCUGAAUGCGACUAAAGAAAUUAUCCUUUCGGCGGGAGUGUGGCAUUCGCCUCAGCUGUUGAUGCUGUCAGGUGUCGGACCUUCUGAGAAGCUGCAGCAAUUCGGCAUCGAUGUUGUCGCCGAUCUGCCCGGCGUCGGCCAGAAUGAACAUGACCAACCGGUGGUGGGCACGGUCUUAGCAGUCAAUGUCACUACGAAUACCCAGUUACAGGCAGGAAAUCCCGAGAGCGUCGCAUCUGCCUUGUCCGAGUAUAUCAACCAUCAAUCGGGCCCUCUGUCCGGCAUCGGCACAGGCCAGGGCAUAGCCUUUGAGAAGUUCCCCGCAUCCUACUGGGCCAACUUCAGCAAAUCCACUCGGGCCUACCUGGAUACAUAUGCCUCAGACUGGCCUGACGUCGAGAUUCUGCCCCUUGAGAACGGCCCCGUGGUGAGCUCUAUCGGUCCGAACGACAACCUCCUCACCUUCGCCGCACAACAGUAUCCUCGACCCUCCCUCAUCAGCCCCAACUGGCUGCAAGAGGAUGAGGAUGUCGAGCAAGCCUACGCCGCAUUCUUGCGUCUCCGCGAGGUUGCCUCAAAUUGGGAUCCUGCCGUCCUCCUGGGCGAGCUUUCGCCUGGCCCCCAGCUCACCGGCAAGAAGGAGAUCCUCGAGUGGAUGCGAAAGGAUAUGAACAUGAUCUUCCACGGGACAUCCACCUGCAAAAUGGGACCUAAGAAGGAUACCUCGGCCGUUGUGGACUCGCGAGCUCGCGUGCACGGUGUUACCGGUCUUCGCGUGGUUGAUGCCAGCGCCUUUCCGUUCUGUCCUCCUGGCCAUCCCAUGUCGUCUGUCUACAUGUUUGCCGAGAAAAUCGCCGAGUCUAUUCUUGGUGGAAAUUAA